AUGCAUAACCGGACGGUAAUCUCCACAACACUGGGAGUCGGGACAGGCCUCGUACUGGACAGGUUCGUCGGCCAAUACAUUGGCUACGCCCUCGUCGCAGUUGUCGCCACAGGCCUUUCGGGGGUUGUUGGCUCCGUGUUUGUCUCCCGUCUCUCGACGGCGCUGCACGCAGCGACCUCCGCACUGCCAACGGUCUUGUCCGACCUGCCAGCGGCAGACGAAGCGUACGAAAAGAGCCCGCACCCCAGCCCGCGCCUGGCCAUGACCACCCUCCUGCUGAUCAGCCUCCCCGUCGACGUCGCGUUCCUCGCGACGGUGUUCGCGUUCGGCUGGCUCCGGCUCUCCUUCCUCUUCAUGGUGCUCCAGGUCGUGUUCUUCGGGUUCACGGUGCGUGGAGUUUCCCUCUUACCUUUCUCGUGUGUCAUCGGGCCUGAUGGUGGGUUUGUCGUAUCGCUCUUCCUCGCGCGGGUGACGACGGAUUUCCUGUGGACGCGCAACCUCGAUCCGGACGUGUGGGUGCUGCCGUUGAACUCGGCGCUGGUGGACCUCGUUGGGCAGCUCUUGCUGGUGUGCUGCUACGAGAUCGCGGCGCUGCUCGGCUCGCAUGUGCGGAGCUAG